AUGACAUCCACAUCUAUAUCCAUUGUGGGACCCCUUCCCACCGACUACUCACCUGGUACCACUUGCAACGCCAUCUCGAGCCGAACAGUCGUGGGCAUCGACUUUGCAACAUCAUGUCUCCCCGACGACUUCGACCCAGCCCCGACAGCCUACUACUCUCCUGGCACAGUGUGUCCCUCGGGGUACACGGCGCAAAGGAGCUGUACACGAUCCAACAGCGGCGAUGAUAGAACUACCGUGACGUGUUGCCCGGAGCGCAACGGCAUCAAGAUGUGGUGCGUCUCAGACCCGCAAUCUCUCGAGGGACCUUGGGAGAGUCUGUACUGCACGUGGAGCGCGGGCGAUUCGAGGACUGUUCUGCUCGUUACGACUCUUGUUAGUGGAACUGAGUCCACUUCAGCCGUUACGAUGAGCGGCGGAGACGGAAUCAAUGCGUACGGACUGAAGAUGGUCUAUGAGGCCAGCGAUAUCGCCUCGACAUCUGCGACGACAACCUCGGAUGCCACGACGGCUGAAGAAACGAGCGGAACGAGCAGCACGACUGAACUCCCAGCUGAGACAUCAUCCGGCGGCGGUGGAAACGACGGUGGAAUUGGUACAGGCGGUAUCGUCGCCAUCGCUGUUGUAAUUCCCAUCGUUGUCAUCGGCGCACUCAUCGGCGGCUUCUUCUGGUGGCGUCGUCGCAAGAACCGCCAAACCGCCAUCCCAACCGACGACCCCGACGCGACCAAGGAACUACCACCCAGCCACGGCGUGAGCGAGCUAUACGGAACCCAGAACGUACCACAGGAACUGCCAACAGGUUCUUCAUACGUGUCUGAACUGCCCGGUGAUGGUCCCAUGCAUACGGGCUGGAACAAUGACGGUAGCUCUCCCACGCUGAGCCAUGUUAACAGGGCUGAUGGAACGUCGCCACGAUCAUGA